GCGCGCGUUGCUGUGCUGACGUCACUGGGGUCAGCUAGACGGAAGGAAAAUGGCGACGGUCUAUGAGAGAUACAAUUUGCACACCACCCCUGAGAAGUUCUUCAUCGAGGCCUGUGAUGAAGGAGCAGAUGCUGUGCUGGCAAUUGACAGGGUCUCUAACGAGAUGAUCCUGACAGGUAGAAAGGAUAUUCCUACGUCAGCAGUUACCAGGCCCAUUUGUGGUAUCAUGGGAACUAUUCGCCUGGUGGCAGGGAUGUACCUGAUUGUCAUCACCAGGAAGAGGAACGUGGGCAGCCUCCUGGGCCACUCUGUGUGGAAGGCUGUGGACUUUGAUGCUAUCUCUUACAAGAAGACGGUUCUGCAUCUGUCAGAGAUCCAGUCCCAGGAGAAUAAGACCUUCCUGUCCAUGAUUAGCAACGUGCUGACCACAGAUGGAUUCUACUUCUGCACGGACUUCGACCUAACGCACACGCUGCAGCGGCUGGCCAACACCAGUCCAGAUUUCCAGGAAAUGAGUCUGCUUGAGAGGGCUGAUCAGAGGUUUGUGUGGAACGGCAACCUGCUGAGGGAGCUGGCCGGGCAGCCAGAGCUGCACAGGUUCGCCCUCCCUGUUGUUCAUGGAUUCAUCGUGAUGAAACCGUGUCGAAUAAACGGGAAAAUCUUUGAGUGGAUCCUCAUUUCCAGGAGAAGCUGCUUCCGGGCCGGCGUCAGGUACUACGUGAGAGGCAUCGACUCUGAAGGCCACGCUGCUAAUUUUGUGGAGACUGAGCAAAUAGUUUUAUAUGAGGGUGCAAAGGCUUCAUUUGUACAGACUCGAGGCUCGAUGCCCUUUUACUGGAGUCAGAGGCCCAACCUGAAAUACAAACCCAAACCUAUCAUCAGCAAAUCUAUGAAUCAUAUGGAUGGUUUCCAGAGGCAUUUCGACUCUCAGAUUCUCAUCUAUGGAAAACAAACUGUCCUGAACCUGGUGAAUCAGAAAGGUUCGGAGAAGCCACUAGAGCAGACAUUUGCUAAGAUGUCCUCUGGUCUGGGCAAUGGUUUGCUCAAUUACCUGGCCUUUGACUUCCACAAAGAGUGCAGCCACAUGAGGUGGGACCGACUCCAGAUCUUAGUGGAUGCUGUCGCAGAGGCGCAGGAGGAAUAUGGUUACUUCAUUGUGAACUCUGAGGGAAAGAUAAUGACCCAACAGAAAGGAGUUUUCCGCAGUAACUGCAUGGACUGCCUGGACAGGACCAAUGUCAUCCAGAGCCUUCUGGCCCGACGCUCGCUGCAGACUCAGCUUCAGAGGAUGGGGGUUCUUAAUGUGGGUCAACGCAUCGAAGAGCAGGCCGAAUUUGAGAAGAUCUACAAAAACGCAUGGGCUGACAAUGCCAAUGCAUGCGCUGUGCAAUACGCUGGAACUGGAGCCCUAAAAACAGAUUUCACAAGGACAGGGAAGAGGACCAGGUGGGGGCUUCUGAUGGAUGGUUGGAACUCCAUGAUCCGCUACUACAAAAAUAACUUUUCAGAUGGUUUCAGACAGGAUUCCAUUGACCUGUUUCUGGGCAACUUUGCUGUCGAUGAGUCUGAUGGACCCACUCCUCUCCGUGUGCAGAAGGACUGGAAGUUCCUAACACUGCCCAUAGUUAUGGUGGUUGCAUUUUCUAUGUGCAUCGUCUGCCUUCUUAUGGCUGGGGAAACCUGGACGGAAACUCUGGCGUACGUCAUGUUCUGGGGGGCGGCCAGCGCCAUCACAGCCACGAUCAUCUUGUUCAACGGCCAAGACUUUGUAGACGCCCCGAAACUGGUUCACAAGGAGAAGAUGGACUGAGUGUGUGUGUAGCUGUGUGUGUGUGUGUGUGCCGUUUCCUCCUCCGAUCUCAACUCAUCUGCUGCCUCCUUUGUUUUUUUAAUCGUCUGUCGACAAAUUGAACUUUUACAUUUAAACACGUCCCUCUGGAUUCUGGUUUUCAUUGUGUUGAUCGUCAGUGAACAAAAUAUAUAAACUGUACAAUCCUACUGUACAGAAACGAUUCUGAUCUUUAUUUUCUUUUGAUUAGUCAUUUUUUUUCUAUUGUUACAUGACUUUUCAUAAAACGUGUGGGACUCAGACUUCAUCAAAUAAAAGUGUUUAUUGUACUUCUUUAAGGAGAACACUAAUAAGCGUGUGCACAUUACGAGAUCUGAAUGUAA